AUGAUGAUAGCAUCAAGUCUUCCCAGCCUAGCGAGGCUGGGCCUGUUCAAGUCAGCCAAUGACGCUAAGUCAAGAUUCAUUCACAAGCACAUUAGAGCGGCAACGGCACUUUCACAUACAUCAUCUUCGCCGGAGGUUGGCGAGGGCAUGGGGAUGCCAGAACCUCUCCCUCGUCACUGGGGCGGCCCUCCUGAAUUCCCUCGGGCUAAAGUAGCUGCACCAGUGGCGGUGAUGGCAACUGAGGCCGCUCUUGAGGACUACAGGCAGCGCCGGAGAGCCGAAAGAAUACGAGACCACAGGAGUCUCGGCAGUAGAAGCAAAUCUCAAGGCCCCGGACCGGAGGGGGUAAAGUCAUUGACGUCGGUGGUGCCGAAAGCGUCGGCGAGAGGAGCACGCCUUCAACGAGGUCGAUCCGAAGACAGCUUCGUCGUCGGCAAGAAGACCAACCACUGCGAGCAUCCUUCCCCGCGACACCCUCACCAGCAUCUUCGCCACCACCCUCACCCUUGCCAACGCGGAGGGCACAACAGCGAUCAACGCCAACCCAAGCACCGCCCGCCAUCCACGCACGCGGUUAUUCUUCCGAAAGGAGGGGGGUUGGUUUUGAUAGGGGAAGACGGCGUUCGCAAGAGCAAAUUCCCGAGGGGAUGCGAGCUGUCAGCCGCGGCGAUGGCGAGCGUCGCUACCACGCCACCGCUUGAGAGUAAAUCAAGCGGCGAGAGCGAGGACGACGACGUGUUGGCACGUCUAUGCAACCCUAAGCACUUCACGGGCACGGCCGCCACGGGGCAUCUCCCUGUCGUGGUCGAUCUCGAGGGAGGAGUCGGGGUGCUUCUCAAGGGCGCUUCAAUUGCGGUGAAAGAUCACAUCGGCAAGCAGGAAGUCAGCUGGAGGCUCAGGCUGGCAGAACGACUCUAG